AUGCGCUUCACCACAGUUCACAUCUUUGCCCUCCUGGCUCUUGGCGUGGCAGCCUCGCCGCUGCCCCCUACCGAGGACCGUAAGCUGCAAGCCCGCAGCCCGUCUGACGAAGAUAUCAUCCAUUUGAACGCUGGCGGCACUUCAGUGCGUGGCGGUCCCCGCGAGACUCCACACCUCAAGGAGGUUCAGCGGCCACCACCCCUACCCAAGGAAAUGAAAGAAUAUCUCAAAAAGGUUGAGAGAGAGACAGGUCUGCAACACCCGGCGCUUAACGGGCAUCGUGAUUCCGAUUCGAAAUAA